AUGUUUAUAAUGGGUUCGUUGUCGUGUUAUAGCAUUAUCUUAAUGAGUAUAAUUAUGCUACAUUCAUGUUUUGCCAUAGAGGUUAAUUAUGAUUCAAAAGCUCUCAUUAUCAAUGGAGAAAGACGUCUUAUUUUUUCAGGUGCAAUACACUAUCCAAGAAGCACUGUGGAGAUGUGGCCUGACCUUAUUCAAAAGGCCAAAGAUGGUGGCCUUGAUGCCAUUGAAACUUAUAUAUUUUGGGAUCGUCACGAACCUGUUCAACGUCAAUAUAAUUUCUCAGGAAAUUUGGAUUUUGUCAAAUUUUUCAAGCUUAUCCAAGAAGCUGGACUAUAUGCCAUUAUGAGGAUUGGUCCUUAUGCAUGUGCGGAAUGGAACUAUGGAGGGUUCCCGUUGUGGCUUCACAAUAUUCCUGGGAUCGAGCUAAGAACAGAUAAUCAGGUUUACAAGAAUGAAAUGCAAAUUUUUACCACAAAGGUCGUGAAUGUGGCAAAAGAAGCAAAUUUGUUUGCAUCACAAGGAGGUCCCAUUCUUCUAGCUCAAAUUGAGAACGAAUAUGGUGAUAUCAUGUGGAAUUACAAAGAUGCAGGGAAGGUAUACGUUAAAUGGUGUGCUCAGAUGGCCCUAGCACAAAAUAUUGGGGUUCCAUGGAUCAUGUGUCAGCAACCUGAUGCUCCUUAA